UGAAUUGGAACUUAUAGUUGAAGCUUGUCCUAUAAUGGGGACUCCAGAAAAUGUUGAGGUUGCAUAUGAAUCGGCUGUGAAAAUAAUUUUGCAAUGGGAUGCAAGUGCAGCGAGAGGAAAAAUGAUCUUUGACAGAGGAGAUAGCGAAGAGAUAAAUCAGUACCUUCAUGCCGUUGAUGAGAUCCACCGCUGGAUGGAACUGACCACCGUGUCCGAUGAUGACAAGAGCAAGGCCAACAGUGUGAUGGAGAUAGCCAUGGCUCAGCUCGAACAGCAGUUCGUCAACAUGUUGAUUGAGAUAUGCCAUAGUAGUCCAAUGUGUUCAAUUUGUUCUAGUUCAGUAACUGAUAGCAUUAGCUAUGAAUUACUUGAAGAGGAUUAUUUAGACUACGAUAUUCCGCUUUCUGAGAAAGAAAUCAGUGAUCUCCGGAGUUUUGCCGGAAGAAUGAAAUCUGUUCAGCGCGUUAAUGUUUACACUAGAGUAAGGAAGGGUAUACUGGACGUACGUUUUCGACGUCUAGGCGUUAAAAAAUUAAGCUUUGAAGACGUCCGGAGGAUAGAGUGGGACUUGUUGGGGGUGAAGAUCAGACAGUGGAUACGUGCAGCGAGGGUUUGUGUACGAGUUCUCUUUCCGAAAGAGAAACAACUCACUGAACAAAUCUUUGGAGCUCAUGGAACUGAAUUAUGUUUUAUAGAAACAGUUAACGAUGUGGCAAUUCAGGUAUUUGACUUUGUGGAAGCCAUAAGUACUAGUCGUCCUUCGCCGGAGAAGCUGUUCAAAUUCUUAGACCUCCACGAGGCCUUGUCGGAGCUUUUGCCAGAUGUGAACACUCUCUUUCAGUUUAAAACAGGGGAACCUAUUCGAAUCCGAGCUUUUGAGAUACUUUCUCAGCUCGCGGAGGCAAUUAGAGGGAUUCUUGCGCAAUUGGAGAAUGCAGUGUGUCAUGAGCUAUCAACAUUCUUGGAUCCGAGUGGGGAUAUUCACAGCUUGACUAAGUAUGUGAUGAGAUAUACCAUUCAGAUCUCUGAUUACAAGGAGUCGUUAACUUCAUUAAUUGUAUCCAAACCAUCAACAAAUUUGAGAGAUUAUGAUGAUCAGAUGAUUCCUGAUAUGGACUUCACGGCAUUUGAAGGGCGAAGUACUCCAUUGGAGCUCCAUUUAAUUUGGAUCAUUGAGAUUCUAGUUUGCAAAUUGGAAUUCAAGUCCAAACUCUACGAAGAUGACACCUUGGGUCAUUUGUUCAUGAUGAACAAUGUUCAUUACAUUGUUCAGAGCAUCAAAGACUGUCCGGAACUGCGGAUGAUGAUUGGCGAUGAUUACGCAACGAAAUUAAUCGGAAAGGUCCAACAGACACAGAGUAGCUACAGUAGUGCUACCUGGUCGGAGAUUUUGUCAUGUUUGAGAUAUGAGGGAUUAGGUACCGGUAGGAGCUUCUCUUCUGGGGUGUCUAGCACUAGAAGCUUUUUCAGAGAAAAGUUCAAGACCUUCAAUGCCAUCUUUGAGGAGGUUCACAGGACUCAAGCAACGUGGUUGAUACCGGAUAAGCAGCUUCGGGAAGAGCUUCGUAUGUCGAUAUCGGAAGAGUUGAUCCCAGCCUAUAGGUCAUUUCUUCUUCUUUUCAGGAGCCAUGUAGUGAGUGAAAAGCACUCUGAAACCUACAUCAAUUACUCGGCUGAGGACCUUGAGAGUGCGCUCUUGGAAUUUUUCGGCUCCAAGGAAGAAAAUUUGAAGUUGUGGUUUAACAUUGCCUCAAAUUCAGGAAGUGUCCCCAAGACUAAGCACAAGUAUAAGCUAGCAAACAAGAAGAAUGUCAAGAAAUGGUUCAUUUGUAGUGGGUGCAUUUCAAUGCGCGGCCGGCUGAACUUGUUCGGGGGACUGCGGAUUGGGUCAAGUAUGUGUGGAACCAGUUUGGAUGGGACGAAUUAUUAACCCAGAUGUGGCAGGUUGAACAUGCAACGGGUCGCAACGGGUCGGAUCACCGUGUGCCCGAACCAUUAACUCUACUUCUUCUUUUCCUUUUUUGUUUGUCCUUUUUCUUUUUCUUUGGGAAAGCUUUAGGUUUAGGGUAAAUACUAAUACCAUCUUUAUAUCCUAGAAAGUGUAAUAAAAUUUACCAUAAAAUAUUUCUGCAUCCCGAUUUGCAGUGUAAAUUUAAAUUUCAUGUGCUUUUUUUAUUUGUGCGUCCUAGACAAUCUUGUAUGAUGGUUCUAUGAAUGAUGAUAGUGUUAGCUUUGAAGUCGUUGAAGAUGAUUAUUUAGACUACCAGAUAUAUAUAUAUAUAUAUAUAUAUAUAUAUAUACCAAAUUCUGAAAUAUCUGAUCUUUUUAAAAAUAAAAAAUGAAAAAAAAUUAUUUAACAAUUGCAAAUUAAACUUGCAAGUAAAUUAUUGGACUUAGGCUAGACCUAGCCCCAGAUUGGAUGCUAUUGGAUGGUCAACGUCAAAUGUCUGGCAAAAAUCUUUGGAACCCGGCCCUAUGCAAGAAAAGCCCAGUCCAACUAGACUAAUCAACACCCUCAAAAAUAUCUCCGUCAAUCCACAAGCCCAAGCGUUGACCUCGACUGCUUGAUCAUGCCUUAUAGGUUUACAUGC